GACGUCAGGCGGCAGCUAUUCGCUCCGAUGCGAAGCAGCAAGUAUGGCUGUCAGUCAUAUCAUAAGUGUCAAAACGUUGUCGCGUGUCACGUUGGAUCGUCUAUAAACACGUUUACCUGAGCUCGUGGGGCACCGGCAUGGACAAUAUCAGGGACGGCUGGUUUAAGGAGACGUGCACAUUAUGGCCCGGCCAAGCCACGAGUCUCCAAGUGGAAGAGGUCCUCUACCACAAGAAAUCCAAAUUUCAAGACGUGUUGGUGUUCAAGAGUAAAACGUACGGCAACGUGUUGGUACUGGAUGGAGUGAUCCAGUGCACGGAGAGGGAUGAGUUUGCAUAUCAGGAAAUGAUUGCCAACCUCCCCCUGUAUAGCCACCCUUGCCCCAGAAAGGUUCUCAUUAUUGGCGGUGGUGAUGGUGGUGUGCUGAGGGAAGUGGUGAAGAAUGCUCACGUAGAGUCAGUGGUCCUCUGUGAGAUCGACAAGGACGUUAUUGAUGUCUCAAAGAAGUUCCUCCCAGGCAUGGCCAAAGGUUUCUUCAGUCCAAAGCUCACCCUCCAUGUUGGAGAUGGCUUUGAAUUUAUGAAGCAAAACCAAGAUGCCUUUGACAUCAUUAUUACUGAUUCAUCCGACCCUGUUGGCCCUGCUGAAAGUUUAUUCAAGGAGAGUUACUAUCAACUGAUGAAGACAGCAUUAACCAAAGGCGGAAUUCUCUGCUCCCAGGGAGAGUGUCAAUGGCUGCAUUUGGACCUGAUAAAGGAAAUGCAAACCUUUUGCAAGACCUUAUUCCCAGUGGUGGCCUAUGCCUACGGCACCAUCCCAACUUAUCCCAGUGGCCAAAUUGGAUUCAUGCUAUGCAGUAAGAACCCUGAAACACAUUUCCGGAAGCCGAUGAAAGAACUUUCAAAAUCAGAACUGGAAAGCAUGAACUUGAAAUAUUAUAACACUGAGAUUCACAAAGCAGCAUUCGUCCUCCCAGAGUUUGCAAGAAAGGUACUCAAAGACGUUUGAUUGGCCACAGCAGAGCAAUGUGUUCAUCCUCCACCUGCUCCUCAGUCCACAGAUAAACAAAUACAGCUUCUCCUCCUCCUCAGUGCUGUUAAACUCCCUCGAAAGUGUAGCCCCGUCAAGAUUUCAAGGUGUGUUUGUGGGAUGGGGGCAUUUGCUUCGUGUUACUAUCCAUCGUUCCAGUCCGAAACAACACCAGGGUUUGUUUAUUUCCUGUUUUCUUCCAUUAGUCAUGUUAAUAGUGAGCUUGCCUCAUGAGGAAUUAACGGCAUCCAACACUGACCUCACGCUAAAGGACUGUACUGUUCAAAUUGCAUCUGUGCAUCUCACAUAAUGUUACAUGCAAUGUAUUGUUCCACUUUCAUUGAAACAUUUUCUUUGUUCAAAGGAAUGUCAGUGCAAGCCAUCUACAUAUGUUGAGAAUACAAACACAUCCUCAUGAAUUUGGAAAGGAAUGCACCUCAGUGGGUUUUUUGAUUAAUCUGGUUCUGUACGUAUUAACAGUCAGGUAGAAAACGCUCCCUUUAAAAGCAGAUGAUACACUUAGAACUGGAGCUGCGACAUUUUAUUAAAAUGCUAAAUCAUACAAUUACUGGGGGUUUGGCUAAUGGGAGGAAGCUUGUACUGUGUUAAGCCUUACCGUGGGAUGGCGUCAUAUUACAGUGCAGUUGUUUAGCUAACAUCUGAAACCAAUUGCUGUGGAUCUGUACGGAAAAAAAUGCAAUUGUUUUUUUUUGUUUUUUUUUUUAAAUAAAACUCAUCAACUGUAA